AUGCUGCAUGUUAAUCAAGAGCCACUACCUAAUGAUGUUAGAUUGACUGUGAGGGACAGUGGAGUUGAGCUCAUCUCAACAAGCAAGAGUGCCUUCCUUAUACCAAUUUUAAAUUCUUCCCAGCCUGCUGUCAGGGCCUCCUUGCUUGAUUCAGGUAACUUUGUGCUCUACAAUUCUGAUUCAAACAUCAUUUUGCAGACUUUUGAUGUUCCAACAGAUACCAUUGUAUCCGGGCAGCGUCUGUUUGCUGGAGCAAAGCUCAUCUCCUCCAUCUCGAACACGAAUCACUCAAGUGGAAGGUUUCAACUGAUCAUGCAGGGAGAUGGCAACCUGGUUCAGUAUCCAAUUGGCCCAUUUACAGUGACAGGUGAUCAAUAUGCUUAUUGGAACACUGAGACAUCCACAGCAGGGACCAAUGUGUCCCUCAAUCUUGAUCAAAAUGAGGGGCUCUAUCUUCUUAAUUCCACCAGUUUCAAGAUAAGUAGUUUAUUUUCUCUUCAGAAUAGCCUUUCUAUGAAUCGUGGCUAUCGUCUCAUGAUUGAUGCUGAUGGAAUACUCCGGUUGUACUCCUACAGUUUGGGUCAGAAUGAUUCUUGGUCAAUUGAGUGGUCACCACCAAUUGUUGAUAAGUGUGCUCCUCCUGGACUCUGUGGCCUAAAUUCUUAUUGUGUUCUUGGGGAACCGGAACCUUAA